GAGCAAAGUAUUUAUUUCCCUCACAACAUUGGCAGGAAUGGAUCUUUAGGAGCCGAGAGUUGUCAUUCUCACUACACCUGUGCUGCCGCCUCCUGGACGGACGCGACUCCUUUGCAGCGAUUGUACUAUAAGUGAACGGACAGCCUAUGAGCCCCACUCAAAGCUAGAGAACCACACGCAAGGAGCGGGAUGGCGAGGAUACCAGCGCUGCACAUCCGCGUCCUUCUCGUGGGUUUCUCCCUGACUGGGUACCUGACACUCCGGACGAGCAAAGGUGCGACGUCGCCUGACGAGGAGCGGGACAGCGAGAGCGACGCGGAGGCGCCGUGCGAGGUGAAAACCGUCACCGUGUCUACGCUGCCCGUGCUCCGGGAGAACGAGUUCAGCUUCACCGGUGGAGCCUCCGGGAGCGUGGUUGGAGGAGGGAGCGCUGCUGCUGCUGCUGCUGCUGGAGCAGGUGGUGCUGGUGGAGGAGGAACCGGAGGAGGUGGAGCGGGGGGAGGAGGAGGAGGAGGAGGAGGUGGAGGGAGCGAAUCCCGGCUCCUGUUAUUCGUUCGAACAGACCUACCUGGCCGAAUUUCUGUAAUGGAUGAUCUGGACAACACAGCUCUUCCCUACUUCACACUCGGACAGCCGUUGACUGGUGAGAAAGGCCUCUCUGUCCUCCCAGUCAGCCAGCUAGCAAAUUUGCUGCUUCACCCUCUCAGUGGAUGACUGCAUGCUAUGAAGGGAGAAAGGGAGGUAUAAUGGACUUUAAUAGCUCCAUGUGUGUAUUACAUAUUGAAGGUGCAGCAUGAGCUUGGUGUGUUCUCCGGUGAGGUGUAGACACCAUUUUAUUUUUUAUUUUUUUUUAUAAAUCAUUUAUCAAAGUGU